AUGGCGACAGCGAUGAGCGCCAACGGGAACAGUCGCAGUGCUGAUGCUGCCCGUCAGCAGGCCCAGAUCCAGCCGUGUCGGUACAAAGUGGGCAAGACCCUCGGUGCAGGAUCAUACUCUGUCGUCAAAGACCGUAUCAUGGAUGAAGAGCAGUUCCAUGUCCUGACAACCACCUGCGGCACCCCCGGCUACAUGGCCCCCGAGAUCUUCAAGAAGACGGGGCACGGCAAGCCUGUUGAUAUCUGGGCUCUCGGCGUCAUCACCUAUUUCCUUCUCUGCGGCUACACACCCUUUGACCGUGACUCGGAUUUCGAGGAGAUGCAGGCCAUCCUCAAAGCAGAGUACGAUUUUCGGCCCUCAGAGUACUGGCGCGGCGUUUCCGAGGAUGCUAAGGACUUUGUCCGCCGCUGUCUGACUGUGGACGCGACCAAGAGACCCACUGCCCACGAGGCUCUCCAGCAUGCCUUCGUCGCAGGUUCGCUUUCAGGAGGCGAGAAGAACGAGAACAAUCUGCUGCCGACGGUGAAGAAAAACUUCAACGCCCGGCGCACCCUGCAUGCGGCCAUUGACACAGUCCGUGCUAUCAACAAACUACGGGAGGGGCAGAGCAACCUGAUGGACGGCGCUGCAUCCAAGGAACCGGCACGAGGCGCAAGACCGCAGCAGCAGGGCAACGGCGCCGCUCGCAAGGAAGACAGUGCCAUAAGUCUUGGAGGCGGUGGCUUGACCCAGAAGGACUCUGGGUACGGCACAACCUCUGAGUCGCAAGACGUCGUUAUGACCGAUGCUGUGCCAGCCAUUCUGCAGCCUGGCAAUGCCCAAAAUCGGGUCACCGAGACGAGUAAGGGUCUUUGGUCACCGCCGCCGCGGCGAUGA